GCUGCAAGCUGCUAUAUAAACAAGACUUUGCAAGACGGUUAGGACUGAGAUGUGUUACUUGUAAUUACUGCUCACAGCUGUGCAAAAAGGGAGCAUCUAAGGAACUUGAUGGUGUAGUGAGAGAUUUCUGCAGUGAAGAGUGCUGUAAAAAAUUUCAGGACUGGUACUACAAGGCUGCACGAUGUGACUGUUGUAAGUCUCAAGGAACUCUCAAAGAGAAAGUGCAGUGGCGUGGUGAAAUGAAACACUUCUGUGAUCAGCACUGUUUGCUCCGUUUCUACUGUCAACAAAAUGAACCAAAUCUGGCAACCCAAAAAGGACCUGAGAACUUACACUAUGAUCAGGGCUGUCAGACCCCCCGAACAAAAAUAACAGGCUCCGCACCGCCACCUUCUCCAACACCUAACAGAGAAAUGAAGAACAAAGCAGUUCUUUGCAAGCCUUUGACAAUGACGAAAGCCACAUACUGUAAACCUCAUAUGCAGACAAAAUCUUGUCAGACAGAAGAUGAUUGGAAAAAAGAAUAUGUCCCAGUGCCUAUUCCUGUACCUGUCUAUGUUCCGGUGCCUAUGAACAUGUAUAGUCAAAAUGUUCCUGUUCCUACAACGGUUCCUGUUCCUGUGCCAGUUCCAGUUUUCUUGCCCACUACUAGCAGUGAGAAAAUCCUUGCAGCAAUAGAAGAGCUGAGGGGAAAAGUGCCCUCAGAUCCUCUGGAAACUGAGCUACUGAACUUGUCAGGGAUGGUACCUGAACAUGAUGGAAAAGCUGAAGUUUCUGAUGUGGCCAGUGUGAUAGUUGAGUCAAAUCUACUAAACUCGGAAACAGAGGCACGGACAAGCUUGCCUGAUGUUCCAUAUGAACCAGACCUUGAUAUUGAAAUAGACUUUCCAAGAGCAACUGAGGAGCUUGAUACAGAAAAUGAGUUUUUGUUACCUCCUGUUUUUGGGGAAGAAUAUGAGGAACAGCCAAGGCCUCGGUCCAAAAAGAAGGGGGUGAAGAGGAAGGCGGUGUCAGAAUACCAGUCUCGUGAUGACAGCUCUGAAAACUCAGAGUGUAGUUUUCCAUUCAAAUACACGUAUGGUGUAAAUGCGUGGAAGCACUGGGUAAAGUCUCGGCAUUUAGAUGAAGAGCUUCCAGAAUUAAAGGAGCUGAAAUCAACAAAGUCUGUGAAAUUAAAGGAAGAUCUAUUAUCACAUACUUCAGCUGAGUUAAACUAUGGGUUGACACAUUUUGUCAAUGAAAUUCGAAGGCCAAAUGGAGAGAACUAUGCACCUGACAGCAUCUAUUAUCUGUGUCUUGGGAUUCAGGAGUAUUUAUAUGGAAGUAAUCGAAAAGACAACAUAUUUAUUGAUCCAAUCUACCAGACGUUUGAACAGGAAUUAAAUAAAAUCCUUAGAAGUUGGCAACCAAGCAUACUUCCAGAUGGAUCAAUAUUCUCUCGAGUUGAAGAAGAUUACCUUUGGAGGAUUAAACAGCUAGGAUCGCAUUCACCGGUUGCUCUUCUGAAUACUCUGUUCUACUUUAACACUAAAUAUUUUGGCCUGAAAACAGUGGAACAGCACUUAAGACUUUCUUUUGGCACUGUUUUUAGACAGUGGAAAAAAAAUCCUCUAACAAUGGAAAGCAAAGCUUGUCUUCGAUAUCAAGUGUCUUCCCUGUGCAGAGCUGAUAGUGAAGAUAAAAUUACUACUGGAAAAAGGAAACAUGAAGAUGAUGAGCCAGUAUUUGAACAGAUGGAAAACACGUCUGAUCCAGCUAGGUGCCCUGUGAAAAUGUUUGAGUGCUAUCUGUCUAAAAGCCCACAGAAUCUGAAUCAGAGGACAGACGUGUUUUACCUGCAACCAGAGUGCUCAGUCUCCGCAGAGAGUCCCAUCUGGUACACUGCUACGUCACUGGACCGCAACACUUUGGAAAAUAUGCUCGUACGGGUUCUUUUAGUAAAAGAUAUUUAUGAUAAAGACAAUUAUGAACUGGAUGAAGACAUAGAUUAAAACAAACUUCCAAAAACUGUCAAGAAAACAAACAGCAUUAGAUAUAGUCAUGCUGCUAGACCUUUACUAUGGAAAACAUUUCAAGUUUACCCUUUGUUUUAUGAGUUUUGUAGCAAUGUGUACCCACACCUGGGUAUUACCAUGUAAAUAAUCUGUGAGUGAAAGUUUCCAUUAUUCUGCAUAGUGGUUUUAGUAUACAUAACAAACACAUUUCAGAUUCUUUUUUUUAUUAUUUAUUUGAUUAGAUAUGUUUGUAACUUUUUACAUUGCAAAAUAUGAAUGAGAAUGUGCCAUGUGUAUUUUUUUUGCCCCCCCCUUGUAGUUAGAGACAUCCAUAUUGCACAACUCUGCUAUUGGAAGCUCCCUUGAAAGGAGGCUCUUUUAAUGGGUUCUUAAACCAGAUGGUUGUGUAUGGGUAGCACUACUAAAGUUUAGAACUUGCUGUGUCUUUCAGAAUUUUUAAAUAAAUUGUAAACUAAUAGGUUUUUUACUUUUUAGUUACUGGAGCCUUAUAAGGUUAUGUAGAGAGAUUCCAUCUUAUGUACCAAAAAUAGACAAAAGAGAAUGCUGUCAAUAUUGGUGUACUGUAAUGUGAAUCUAUUCUGGUGAAAACAUUUUUUUUGUUGCCCUUAUUAAAACCUUAGUGUCCUUUCCUUA